CCAAAGCAUCCAACAUUUUAACCUCAAAUAGAGCGAGUGCUGACUUUAGAGCUGAUGAAUAAUGAACUUACCACCUAAUAUAGCAGAAAAGGUUGGGCGCUAUAGGGGAUUUAACGCUAGUGGCGUAGCAUACAUCACUAUAUCUAGCAGCCUAGGUCCCUCUGUAGCAGGUUGUCGCAGAAGUCUUGACGGUACCUACCUAGGUAGGCAAUAAAAAUGGGGGGAGAGAUAUCGAGACUCACGGGCGAUGCUCGCGAUACGAUCGACACUAUAGACGCUUUACGCGAAGUGUUAGACAAAUUAGAUGGAUUGCUGAGGAAUCUGGAUCCUCCCUCACUUUAUCUCGAUUUUGAGGGGGUGAAAUCUGGUAAAAACAGCCGCAUAUCGAUCCUGCAACUUCAUAUACUACCGACUCGUGAGACCUUUCUCAUCGACGUCCUACUCCUCGGCGCCAGGGCUUUCUCCACUCCAAGCUCUUUGGGUUACACAUUCGAAGACAUCCUAGAAUCGGAAAUGAUCCCGAAAAUAAUUUUCGACGUGAGGAACUUUUCGGCCGCACUGUUUAACUACUUUCAGAUUAGGAUUCGGGGCGUGCUAGACUUACAAUUAAUGGAAGCGGCCACUCGACACCCCAAGGGAGCCAAUUUCAAUGAAUUAUCAAGAUGUAUUGAACUGGACCUAGCACUACCUCAAAGUGAGAUAGCUGCGUGGAAGAAGACCGAAAAGAAAGGUCUCGACCUCUUCAACCCAAAAUACGGUGGUAACUAUGAGGUUCUCGACGAACGUCCGCUCUCCGAAGAAAUCAAACUCUAUUGUGUUCAAAAAGUACAAUUUCUCCUCAACUGUGGGCGGAAUACGACAAGAAGAUCACUCCGGAGUGGUGGGAUAGGAUGAUCAGGGCGACGUGGGAGAGGAUUUCCUUAUCGCGAACCGCAAGCUAUAACGGAGAAGAAUCACUUAUGACGUUAGUUCCAAUCGAAUAGUUGGGAGUAAGGUUAAAAGAUUGAAAUAAUUU